GGCGUCGACAAGCCUCGUGCAAUGUACAACCCCAGCAAAGCGACUCGCAUAAACGCGUAUCACAGCCAGAAACGCAGUUUACUGGGCUCUCCAGCAAACCAAAUCCCCCCCGCAUGGCGCGAACCGAAACCAGAUGUCGAGCCGGGCAGCAAAAUCCUCCUGAGUCGUCUCCCUCCAGACGUCUCCGAGACAGAGGUCGAGGACUUGUUCAGGAAAACCGUUGGGCCACUCAGAGAGGUCUUUUUGGUGUACAACUCCCAAGGCCGGUCGAAAGGGAUGGCCAUCAUCUCCUUCCAACGUCCUGGGGACGCUGCGGUUGCUCGAGCCAAGUAUGAUGGAAAAUUCGUAGAUGGAAGACGACAAAUAAAAAUUGAGGUUAUCGUCGACUCGGAUGAGGUUACACCGAAACCUGCAGCCCCCAGCCCACCGUCUCUCCUACAGAGGCUUGGUCUAGCCCCUCCUAUUAGUCCCCCUGGCAAUGCAAUUUUCGCAAAACCGGCACCCAAUCACACGCCAAAUAACAUACAACCGAAAGCCCCGCCUAAACCAUUGACUGCUCGCGUCGUUUCACGCCCUCCGACCGCUGUCAUUCCACGACGUCGCAAGAAAAAGGGUCCUAAACGUGUGCAGAAGUCAGUAUCUCAACUGGAUAAUGAGAUGGAAGAGUAUAGGGCAGCCGCUAAAGCCGUAAAAGUGAAUGGGAACGGCAACCUCAACCGAUAACAUCUUAUGUGUUUGGACGUUCGGACUUUCUGAGGAUCACGAGAGUUGUUUUCGAUUUGUUUCAUUUGCAGUGUCUAUUAUACAGCAUGCCUGGCAUCCACACUAAUGGUGCUAUUUUUGCACACACCUCCACCUUAAAGCUUCGAAGACGGGGCUUUUCCAUCGCGAGGCUCGCUGAUUUUGCACUUGGGGUGGUGAGUCGACGUUGAUCUCGACCUACACUCCAAUGGAUAGGCCACGACCAUCGUUGUCAUGUGUAUCCCAGUCCUCCAUCGUCCAAUUCAACUGAUGUCCUUUUGAUCAUUUUCUAUUUAUCUGGUGCAAAAGGACAUGGCUAUCCACUGCGGGGCAGAGGGUUGGGUACUUCAUACAUGUAACUUAGCCGAAACUUGUUUGCUGUGUUGCAGAGCCUCCAAAUGAAUGAACAGAACA